CCCGAUGCAAUGCACCUCAAACGUGGCUCGGAGCGUGAAGCCUGCGACUUCUGCCACCGCCGCAAGAUCAAGUGUGACCGCGCCCUCAUCGCCAAAGCCGGCCACGCCUCACCCACUUGCACCGCGUGCGAAAUCCGCUCGCUAGACUGCCAGGUCGACGACUCCAACGAUGUACGAAUCCAGCGCAAGCGACGCCAGAAAGAAAACCAUCCUGCGCCUGCUGCUGCUCCCGCUGCGCCUGACCCUCGGCAUCCAUCGCCGCAAGCGCCGUCUGCAGCGCCGGGCCUUUCGGGCUAUCUGGACCCGGAGCCGUGGUUCUCCAGCUCGCUCUUCGAUCUAAGCUCCGAGAACAUUCUCUUUCUGAACCAGGUGUUUACGGGCGACUAUACCUUUGACUUUAACGGCAUGGCUGACGCGGGUAGUACGAUUAUGUACCCUGUGCAGAUACCCUUGCCGGGCCAGGAUGUGUUUGCUGAUUUAUGGGGGAGUUCGGGCGUUGAUGGGAGUAUGGUGCUUGCUGCGCUGGAGGCGUAUUUUGCGCUGGCGUGGGUGAGCUUGCCGAUUGUUUCCAAGGAGGCGUUUUGGACAGACUAUCAUGCUGGGCAGUGUAGUCCAGCGCUGCUGUUUGCGAUUGCGGCGUGUGGUGUGGUGUAUACGGAUUUGGAGGAUAGUGUGCGGUGGGAUAUGCAGCAGAAACUGGCGUAUCGAUUCAAAAGUGCCUUUUUGGAGAGCCAGAAUGGCGGAGGCGAUAUACGGUUGGACGAUAUUGAGGCAUUGGCGCUCAUGGUGGAAUUUGAAUAUGACGAGUCGCGGGAUCCUUCAGGUCAUGGACACUUGGACAAGAUGUAUCUGAGCCAUGAGUCCCUGGUGCUGCUGACGCUGCGGUACCAGGGAACGGUGCACAGAGACUCAUUGAUGCCAAUUACAAGGCUUGAGGAGCGUCGCAUUCUGCUCUUUUGGCAUGUGUUUGGGCUAGAUGCCUUCCGAUGUCUUGAUAAGCGCACCAUGUCGCGUAUCCCAGAUGACUACGACACAUCGCAAGAACUAUUGCCCGAGAGAACCGACGCUACAAACUAUCUGGAAGCUGUGUUAUCGCUGGCGGUUAUUGCGCGAGACAUCUUCAAGACGCUGUGCCCCAAUGCGUGCCGGCGCAACGGCAUCAAGGCCGCAGAUGUCUAUCGCUUAUAUGAAGUGCUGAAGCGAUGGCGCGCGACCAGUUGGGCACCGUACCUUGAGCGUCGCACAGAUAGUAGCGGACGACUCAUCCCAUACAGCUUCUCUGGAGCCAACGAGUACCAAGAUCUGCAGAGACUAGUACUUUGGUCACUCGAGACAAACUGCUACAUGCAGAUAGAAAGCUGCGCGGAUGCAUUUGGGCUCGCCUCGUCUGGCGGACUUGACGCCGAAGCGGCAGCAAUGCGAAUCGAGUAUGAGAGUAUGCAGGCAGCUCAAGAUGCCGUACGGACGGUGGAAUGGAUGGAGAUGCCCUCUAAUCAGACGUCCCUCUUCGUCAAGGGCCGGCAUCCUGUCGAUCUGGCGCGGAUGGUGCAGCAGAUCCUGGCUGGUGUGUGUACAUGGCUCACGAUUCGGGGCCAGCGACGCUACAAUAGUCUAUUUAGUGUGGCGCCAUUUAAAAUCCAUGGGAAUGAUGAUGUUGAGGAUGCAAGCAAAACGGAGUUGGGCGCAUACUCAGCGGCGAUUGCAACGCUUCGGGGCGCCGUGGCCAAGGGAACAUCACAGCGAGGGUCAGCCGGGCUGUUUCAGUGGCUGGAUGGGAAGAUUGGAGCCUUUCAGAGUGCAGUGAACCCGUAAUGGAUAUAGAUUCAGUAUAAUAUUAGAAUGAAUGAUUAAUGACGUAUAUGGAUAGUGCUUAUACA